GACGUUCCGGUGUUUGAAAUAGAGGCGCGACGAACAUGGCGGACGACACACUUGAAAUAGGCUCAUCAGCUGAGGCAUUAGUCAGCCUAAAAGAAGGAACAACAUACAGAUCACCGCCUCGUAGCAGAAAUCCACCAAGAAUAAGAAAAAAGAACCAGAAAUUUUAUAAUGAUGAUGAGGAUACCUCCUACUCGCCAUCCAAGUCCCCGCGCCGGACAAGCAGAGCUGCCUCCUCGUUGAGAACCAGAAAUACAAAGGCUCUCCUGAGUAUUUCUGAUAAGCAGUCUGCCCAAGCUAUUGGAGUUCGCCUUAGAAAUCUCCUCAAGCUUCCAAAGGCUCACAAAUGGGUGUGCUACGAGUGGUUCUACUCUAAUCUGGAUAUACCUUUGUUUCUGGGUGAGAAUGACUUUUGCAUUUGUGUCAAAGAAACAUUCCCACAGCUGAAAACAAAGAAAAUUCGACGUGUGGAGUGGAACAAGAUUCGUAGAUUGAUGGGCAAACCAAGAAGAUGUUCUCCCGCAUUCUUUGCAGAAGAGAGGGCGGCACUAGAGCAGAGGAGAAACAAAAUCAGACUUCUUCAACAACGUAAAUUAUCAGAGUUAAACAGCUUUAAGGAUCUUCCUGAUGAGAUACCAACACAUCUAGUUAUAGGAACCAAAGUAACAGCACGACUAAGAAGGCCCCAGGAUGGUUUGUUUACUGGUACAGUUGAUGCCUUAGAUACUGUAAACAACAGUUACCGUGUAACCUUUGACAGACCUGGUCUCGGUAUUCACUCAAUACCUGACUACGAAGUGCUUAGCAAUGAUGAAAUUGAAACAAUCCCUCUCACAGCUUUCCAACAGAAACAUCGGCCCAGACAAGCCAUUUUCUCACCGCCCCGAUUUGUUCCUAGUCUUGGAUCACCUAAUCCUCACCUCGACAAUGAUCCAUUGUUGAGUGGGUCACCGUUCAAAGGUCGGCUAAUGAGCUUGGAGGGGGGAACAUAUGGCGGCUUUCCCAUCAAAUUCCUGGUUCAAGUUACAAAAUUAUCCAAGAUUCUCAUGAUCAAGAAAGACUGGGUCAAACAGUUAAAAACUAUGAACACAGACGCUGAAAAGAUGAAGUCCUUCCUGGAACCCAUUUCCGUUGAGUUCCAGAGAAAGUAUGCUAAUGCAGUGCUACAGCUGGAGGAUCUCAACAAAGAACUGAAUGAGUGUCUGAUAGGAGUCCAGCAGUACUGUCAGGAGAUUGCUCCAGAACAGGGCCUUACUCCACUGGACCAGCCUUCGGAGAUCAGGACCAAGUGUGAUGACGAGGCAGAGGAAAUGGUUUCCAGAAUCAGUGGGACGAUGUUCCACAAUCGAAAGAAGAACCCCAAAGUUAUGGACUUAAUAGCUGGUCUUACUUCCCUUAUGUUACAAGUGCGGACAUUUUCAGAAACAGAGUUGAACUCAUUUGAAUUCAAGUCUUUACAAGACACACUUCAAGAUGUGAAGAGCAGACUUGAUGGCAACAGUUUAAAUGCCUUCAAGAAUAAUGUAGACAUCCACAUCAAUCAUAUUCAAAGUGGCCUCAGCCAAAUGGGAAAUCUUCAUGCCUUCUCUGCAACCACAUUCAACGUCUGAUAUUUCAUCGUUUUGAACUGGGGGGAAAACAACUAUAUACAAUAUACAAUCACCGUGUAAUAUCAUUGGUAUUGACAAAACUAUGCCAGUGUCAGUUUUAUUCUGUAUUGAACUGGGACAAUAACAGCCAUCUCCGUAUACUAUCUGCUGGUAUUGGUAAAAUAUUUCCUGGUUUUGAACAGGGCCACUAUCAGCUAUCUCCAUUUAAUCAUCUGGAUAAUGGAACAUUAAAUACAAGCACUUUUGCUGUUAAUUUACAUGUCAAUAAAAUAAUGAUUUUGAAAUGAAAUGAAUGAUAAAGGUUUUUUUACAUGGUUCUUGAGAAUUGUUUGUAAAGCUCUAAUAUAAGACAAGUCAUGUCUAAUGAUGUUCAAUUCAGAACAUAUCUCAUUUGUUUAUUAAGAUAAUUUCUUUUUUGUCCCGCUUGAUUCCUAUAGUUGCUAUUUUUUCGUGAAUUGAAUAUAUAUAAAUAACUAUAUAUAAAUAUAAUUAAAAAAAAACAAGAAUAAACUAAACAUUGUGAAAAUCAUUGUGCAAUAUGAUAUAGAUAUCAUAAUAAAAUGGAACGCUGAAUUUUUUAAAGAUUAUUAAUGUACGUAGUUAAUAUUAAGUAUACUGUCCCAAGAUAUUUUAAACAUCUGAUGAAAAUACUACUCAGUUUGUAGGUUUAAAAUGAUGACAUGCUCACUACCUAACCCCUCCUCCCCCUCUCCCAACCAAAAUGUCCCCACAGUUGUGCCGAUAGAAAAUGUGGAUUUACUACAUUGUGUUGGUAUGCUUCAUGUACUACUAUGAUAGUUUUAUUAAACAGUAAUAAGAUGAUUAUAAUAUUUCGUAAUAAAAUAUAAAAAAUUGUUACAUUAUGGAGUCCAUGUAUGUUGUCAAUUAUAAUAUUCGUAGUAAAAUAUCAUAAAAAAUUGUAACAUUAUAUGGAGUCCAUGUAUGUUGUCAAUCAGCAUGAGAUUAUAAUAGUUGGGCUAUUUGAUCAGCAUGAUAUACAUUUGUAUGCCAUUAUGUCCUCGUUUUAAGUGUUAUUCUAAAUUGAAGUCAGUAAUAAGAGUAUUUCCUUAAAAGUAAUUAUUAACAAACUAUGUAAUGAAAAACUUAUAAUAGAAAACAUAGUCUUCAUAAUGAUGUUAGAAACUAAAUCUGAUUUACAUGUAGUAAUUGAUGAAAAAUUGUUGGUUCUUGAUUUAUCUUGCAGUGAGGUUUGGAAUGAUAAAAGAAAGAGUGACAGAUACCACUGCAGUGCACUUUGGAUACAAAAGGGUUCAAAAUAUUGAAAUCUUUAUUUUGUCAAAUUACAACACAAGGACUUGUUCCAAUAAGAUGAUGUAUGCAGUUCAAGAAUAUUUUUCAAUCCUUUUAAGAAAUAAAUAUUAUUGACAGAUGUUUAGUUCAAAACAAUGUAUAUUAAACAAUGGCUUUAUAUACAUUAUAUAGUUUAUUAAGUACAUUACCAAUGAUAUUUAGUUGAACUCUGAUAACCCUUGUACCAUUCUUACUACCCACACUUAUAGAGACAGUCAUUUUGUAAUAAGAACCAGACAUUUUAUUAUCCAGCUACAUGUGCUGAGAAUCAAGGUAGCUGGAAUGUUUAGGAUACAAUAUAUAUAUAUAUAUAUACUAUGUUGCAGCAUAUAAAUUGUUCAUCAAUCGUCAACUUAAUAUAGAAAUAGCAUCUAAUAUAUAUUCCUCAGUUUGAGGGAAAGAGUGGAGGGGUAGAGGUUGAACGGAGGGUAGAUAGCUGUUGGAGAACAGAACACAUACUGGUUGUAUUUUUACUCAGUAGUGUAGAAACCUGUGUCCAUGUUGGACAUUUUCUUCACAUUUUCUUGCUCACAUUUAUCUUGAAAUAAAUCAAUUUUAAUGGG